UGUGUCUGCAUCUGGGUCUCAUCCUGUGUCGUUUUACAACCAUAGAGAUCCUAUUAGAUCUUGCAGAUUUAUACCAUCUGCCUAUCUGCACUAUCUGCACUGACUCUAUCUUGCAUUGACACUACCCACACACACUAGACUUUAAAUACACACCAUAUAUACACACUCUCGCACACUAUAUUGUCACUCCCACACAAAACCCACUCACAUUCACAUACACUACAUAUGCACACACACACUUAACAGACAUGCAAACCGACACAACACAAACACACAUUCACACAUACAUGCACACUCACACACACUUUUACACUCAUACUUGGCUGCUGCUGCUCUGCUCUUUAUUUUUACAUUUAUUAUUUUACACACAAAGCUUUAUUGUAAUGAAGUAGGCCUACUUCUGUGACUUGUGUUCUGUUCUUUUCAUAAGAAGUAUCUCCACCAAUUCCACCCAGAGCCUUCAUCAGGGUAAUAUUUUCUGUAGCCUAGAACAACUGCUUUGAAACAAUGUCAACCCAACCAAAUAAGGUUGAAUUCAGAUAGAGAACAAGCCUGCCCAUCGGGACAUGAAUUAAACAAACUCAAGGGAAAGUCAAUGCAAAUUUAGAUAAUGUCAUUUUCUGAAUAUGUUUGCAUGUGACCUUUCUGGAGAGAGCAGAGUGAGAUGUGAAACAACACUGCCCCAUUGAGAAAACAAUAUCCCCAAAAUUCCACUGGCGCUCUGGAAUGGGGAAUCAUUCAAAAACACUUUCUGCAUAAAGCCUUCAUCAGGGUUUAAAUACCUGUGUUUAAAUACGUUUUUUUUCCAGGUCUAUUCAUUAAAUGCUUAGUUGUGGUAUCAGAAUGAAGAGUUUAUUCCAGGUCUAUUCAUUAAAUGCUUAGCUGUGGUAUCAGAAUGAAGAGUUUAUCCCAGGUCUAUUCAUUAAAUGCUUAGCUGUGGUAUCAGAAUGAAGAGUUUAUCCCAGGUCUAUUCAUGAAAUGCUUAGCUGUGGUAUCAGAAUGAAGAGUUUAUCCCAGGUCUAACCAUGAAAUGCUUAGCUGUGGUAUCAGAAUGAAGAGUUUAUCCCAGGUCUAUUCAUGAAAUGCUUAGCUGUGGUAUCAGAAUGAAGAGUUUAUCCCAGGUCUAUUCAUGAAAUGCUUAGCUGUGGUAUCAGAAUGAAGAGUUUAUCCCAGGUCUAACCAUGAAAUGCUUAGCUGUGGUAUCAGAAUGAAGAGUUUAUCCCAGGUCUAUUCAUGAAAUGCUUAGCUGUGGUAUCAGAAUGAAGAGUUUAUCCCAGGUCUAACCAUGAAAUGCUUAGCUGUGGUAUCAGAAUGAAGAGUUUAUCCCAGGUCUAUUCAUGAAAUGCUUAGCUGUGGUAUCAGAAUGAAGAGUUUAUCCCAGGUCUAUUCAUGAAAUGCUUAGCUGUGGUAUCAGAAUGAAGAGUUUAUCCCAGGUCUAUUCAUGAAAUGCUUAGCUGUGGUAUCAGAAUGAAGAGUUUAUCCCAGGUCUAUUCAUGAAAUGCUUAGCUGUGGUAUCAGAAUGAAGAGUUUAUCCCAGGUCUAUUCAUGAAAUGCUUAGCUGUGGUAUCAGAAUGAAGAGUUUAUCCCAGGUCUAUUCAUGAAAUGCUUAGCUGUGGUAUCAGAAUGAAGAGUUUAUCCCAGGUCUAACCAUUAAAUGCUUAGCUGUGGUAUCAGAAUGAAGAGUUUAUCCCAGGUCUAACCAUGAAAUGCUUAGCUGUGGUAUCAGAAUGAAGAGUUUAUCCCAGGUCUAUUCAUGAAAUGCUUAGCUGUGGUAUCAGAAUGAAGAGUUUAUCCCAGGUCUAACCAUGAAAUGCUUAGCUGUGGUAUCAGAAUGAAGAGUUUAUCCCAGGUCUAUUCAUGAAAUGCUUAGCUGUGGUAUCAGAAUGAAGAGUUUAUCCCAGGUCUAACCAUGAAAUGCUUAGCUGUGGUAUCAGAAUGAAGAGUUUAUCCCAGGUCUAUUCAUGAAAUGCUUAGCUGUGGUAUCAGAAUGAAGAGUUUAUCCCAGGUCUAACCAUGAAAUGCUUAGCUGUGGUAUCAGAAUGAAGAGUUUAUCCCAGGUCUAUUCAUGAAAUGCUUAGCUGUGGUAUCAGAAUGAAGAGUUUAUCCCAGGUCUAACCAUUAAAUGCUUAGCUGUGGUAUCAGAAUGAAGAGUUUAUCCCAGGUCUAACCAUUAAAUGCUUAGCUGUGGUAUCAGAAUGAAGAGUUUAUCCCAGGUCUAACCAUGAAAUGCUUAGCUGUGGUAUCAGAAUGAAGAGUUUAUCCCAGGUCUACUCUUUGUAAGUCCACCAUGAUAUAUACCCUGAUGAAGCCUCUAUGCUGAAACACUUUGCUGUUUUGUUAGAUAUGGUAUAAGUUAUAAGUUGAUAUAAGUUAAAGUCACGCCUACUUUGUAAACCAUAUGUAACCAAUAAAUCCAUCAAGUCCCAUCGCUCAGUCUGUUGCUCUUUAAGGAGGUGUGGGUAACAUUUGCAAAAGACUUCCCAAAUACUGAAAGCAUAACCUUAAGUGUAAUAACUGUAAAUGUGUAUGUCUUUCUCAUUUCAUGUUUUAGCCUAAUGUGUUCUCAUGGAUAACUUUGUCAGAGACAAAUUAACUGAAUGGAACUUCAGUGAGUAUAUUGACAGAUUCAAAGAUGAAGAAAUUGACAAAGAGAGUUUCCUGCUCCUAGAUGAAAAAGCCUUUGCCAACUUGAUUCCAAAACUUGGUCCAAGGUACAAAUUUCAAGAGAAACACAAGGCGAUACAAAAGGAGUUAGAAAAUGAUGGGACAGCAACUGACAGCCAAGUUCAAACAUCCUCCACAAUGGCAUGGGCUUCCUUGGACCAGGCGGCAGCUCCCUGCAUUAGUCCACAAGGCAAAAGGAAAAAUCCUCACACCUUCCUUUCAACCAGUACACCACCAAAGCAACAGUGUUUUCCCAAACCUUCACAACCAACCUCUAAAUUCGAGAGACAAGCCAUGAAGACAGCAGAGACGUGUGUGACACAAGUCCUUGACAAACUCAAAACUCUUCCCAAGAAGGAAUUCAUUGACUACCUCAAGGGUAAAAUGACAAAGUUAAGGACAGGUGUUAAAAACAAAGUCUUCGUUGGAGUAUUUGGGAAGACAGGAGCUGGAAAGAGCUCUUUGAUAAAUGCCAUCUUGGGUGAGCCAAAUUGUCUGCCCAAUGGUGCAAACAUCAGCGCGUGCACCUCAGUCAUGAUUCAGGUGGAGGCCAACAUGACUAACGACAGUUACGAGGCAGAAAUUGAAUUCAUUUCAAAAAAGGAAUGGGAAAAGGAUUUAAAAUCUCACCUGGAUAUCAUGUCAGAUGAAAAUGACAACAAAAAUGAAGAAUUAGUCAAGGUGGCAACUGCAAAAAUUCAGGCCUUUUACAGAAAAGAUGGAGUUGGGAAAAGCUUAAAUGACCUGAUGAAAGGGGAGCAUUUCCGAGAAAUUCCAGAAUUUCUAUCACCAACAAACACUGUUAAGAGGAUUUCAUGUGGCACGGCAUCAGAGCUUUCUGGAAAGAUUGCCUGUUACACAAGGAGUGAUAAUAAGAUGGCAGCAAAACACUACUGGCCACUUGUGAAGUGUGUGACAAUUAAGGUGCCCAACACCAAAGAGCUUCUGGAACACAUUGUGCUGUUGGAUCUUCCUGGAACUGGGGACUGCAACAAGACCAGAGAUGAUAUGUGGAAAUCGCAUUUAAGUCAGUGCUCGUCUGUAUGGAUCGUGAAUGACAUCCAACGGGCCGCCUCUGAAAGAGAGCCAUGGAUGAUUUUGGAAAGCAGCUUCAGUUAUCUGAUACAAGGCGGAGAAUGUGAGAAUAUCACCUUCAUCUGCACCAAGACAGAUGACAUCAACCCUAAGAACUACCUGGGAUCACCAGGUUUAAAGAACACUGAACUGCACCUCGACCUGGAAAAGAAAGGAGCAGCUGAGCGGAAACGAGGCUGCAUCCAGCACAGAAAUGAACAAGCUAAGAUAAUGUUGGGAGAGAGGUUCAACGACGAAGUUGUGAAAAAGGAGCCUCACGACUCAGGACUCGACUUUGACUUGAGACUGAUGACUUGAAAUUAUCUGGCCAGGUUCUGUAACGUUUUGUCACUCAUUUUGUGGCACAGAGUCUAUGUGGAUUACUCUCCAUGCAUCCAGAGACAGUAGGCGUCAUCCUUGCAAAAAUAACUGUAACAGAUUGGCUAGUGAAACGCACACUCUGUACUCUGAUUGGACUAGAAAACUGUCAAUCAACACAGGUCGGGUGAGCUAGCAAACAGAUUGCUGAUUUUCUGUACAGCUAUAGGAUCAGGUGCAUGGUUUUCUUUGUAGGCCUACCUGUUUGAGCUCCUGUUAGACACAUGCAUUUUUUCUCAAGGGGAGGCUGUACAGUCGUGCUCUUU